GGCUAACUAGUUAGCUGUCAAUGGCCCUUUUAACCUAACAACAACAACAACAUUCUCAUCACAGUAAAUACAGUCGUUUUUCACCAACAUUUUCCAAGGUUUUUCACCUUUAUUAACCUCUUAAGCUGUGUUAUAUGCUGUUGGUCCAUCGCAUCCGUCAUGAGUUCUACCAAGAAAGAUGAAAAACCAAAACCGGAGGAUGCGAAGAAGGAUAAGGAUAAGGAGAAAGAGAAAGAGAAGGUAGAUAAGGCAAAAGCAGAGAAGAAGAAAGUUCCGACUAAGGUACAGCUGGAGAAGUGGAGUUCUUCGAUAAAUUCUUUAUUAGCCGAUCCAGAAGGUGUUGCAGUGUUCCGGGAAUUUCUAGUAGAGUUAGAAGCAGAUGGAGAGGAAGGUGAACACACAAAGUACAUUGAUUUCUACAUGGAGUGUGAGGAGUAUAAAGCAAGAUUUAAAGCACUCGAAGAUAAAGCCAAAGAAAUCUUCGAUGAAUAUCUCGCGGAUGCUGCUCACCAGCUCGUUCUUUUACAGGUGGGCGCCGACAAGGAGGUCGGCACCAGUGGCAAGAGUGUAGAGAUCGGUGACAAACUGGAAGAGGAGGGACUUGAAGGAGUCACCAUUUUUGAUGAACCUCAGCGGAAGGUCAAGCAAAAGCUUGCCGACGGAUUGUACAUCAAUUUCUGCCUCAAUAUUAAGAACAGACUCAAGUUGUAACUGCUCAGUGGGGUUGAUUGGAUGGAGCAAUACAGAGGCACGACUGGACAGACUGGAUUGAAAGGACUUUGUACCAACGGUAUAACCAAGAAAACAAGUUAUGGAAUGAGCUUUAAUUGGGGGGGUGAUAGAUUAAGCUUAAGCAAAAUUGGCAGAAUGAGUAGUACGGUAGAUUUUUUUGCUAGAAAGUGCAGUACAAAGUUAUUGUACGAUAUUUGCGUCCGGUACAUAAAAAAAAGAUAGAAUACUGUACUGUUCCACAAAGUCAAUGGAAGGGCAUGGUAUGGCACAGAAUUUUGUAUGGCAUGGUCGAUUUUGUUCCUCAAAAAUAUGGUAUGAAUUAUGGCUGGGGUAUUUGUGGCAAGUACAAAAACUGAAGCACUUCCCACAUGGUACUGUACUGCCAGCCUUGACCUGAGUGAACAUUGUGGUACAAGCUUGUUGUGAAACAUCGCUUGUGUCAAGCUGAGCAAGCUUAUGCAACACAAUGUUUCAGUCAAAUUAGAGUUAAUUGUGUUAAAGUUUUCUCUAAGCCUCGGUACUGCAGUACUCAUUGUCAUUAUGUCGCCCAGUCGUCUUAAUUCGCUCUUGUUAUUGAAUGUACUUCACUCAGCUCUCUUAUAAAGCUCCUCUGCAUAGAGUGAGCUUUUUUGUAUAAAUACGAUUGAAAAGCUUCAUCCAGAAUUGACCAGAAGGCAGUAUAAAGCUCUCAAUGUGAUAGCCAAUCUUGGUUGUACCUUUUCAAUUGCAUUUAUGGAGGAGCUUUAUGAGAUAACUGACUGCAAAUAAAGUUUAAGCUUUAUAAACCAGUUUGUACUUACUCUUAGCUUUUAGGAAGCUAAUUACUCAUAGAUUAUUGUUUCUCAGCAUUUGUGCUUGUGUAGUUGCCUAUUUAGAGGUAAUGGUGUUGAACACGUGGUGUUCUCUCGUCUAUAAUUUUGUGAUAGAAAUUGUUAGUUGCAUUAUCGGUAAAGCUCUCUCAAGCACUCCUAGGCCGGCAGUUAAGCUUUCUAAUGUCCUUUCUGCUCUGCUUUUUCAUCAUUAAUCUCACUGAAAUCAUGGAGAGCAUUCGAGGGUCUUCUGGUACGUUACAAAGCGGUAAUUGUGUUAUUUUGGGGAAAUUUUGAAAAUGAGGUUUGUUGUUAUUUCUGUUCAUGAGUGAUUAGGAAGUAGCCUCUCUCAAGCCUAGGUUAGGUUAAUUUGGGUUAAGUUAGGUUAAUUCAGUUUAAAUUAGGUUAUGUUAGGUUAAUUUGAGUUAGGUUAGGCUAAUUUGGGUUAGGUUAGGUUAGUUUAGUUCAGUUUAAUUAAAUUAGUUUAGGCUAGGUUAGGUAAGAUUUGCCAGGAAACAGGACAAGUGUUUCUGACAGUGGUCUUAGUCAUAUGAUGACCUGUUGCUGGAGCUUCUGGUCAUCUAAGACCUUCCACUGGCUUACCACUUUAAAAUUUAAACUUAUAUUUUGCCUAGGCCUUCAUUGCUUCAUGUGUCACCUUCCUCACGUCCUCCCAAAAGCAGCUUAAAGUUUCUGAUUGGCUCCCUGAGGAAGACAAAAACUUCCAUUGGCUAGAGCCAUCAUAAUUUCACUCCAUGAUAAGCCUCUAGAAAUCUUCGAAAAAAAAGUCGCUUUUGAACCAUAAGAACAACAAAGUGUUCACAGAACUGGCCUAAUAUUUGUUCUAUUUCUUUUCCUUACACUUUUACAGACUUUUACUGCAAUUUGUGAAAUUGUAAAAACACGAUCACAAACAAACCAGGGAACUGGUGGGGUUAGUACCCAGGGUGAGGGAGUGGUAACACUUCAGGCCAGUGUGUAAGCCACAUGGCCAGCUGGCUACAAUAAGAUUCAUUCAACUGGGUAUAUUUAUACACCAUAGGGAGGUUAACAGGUGCGACCAUGAGAAGGACAGAAACCUCUUUCAGGUGCCUUAAAGCACCUGAAAGAGGUUUCUUCCCACCGGUGGCAAAAUCAUCUGUAAAAACUUACAUUUGUGGUCACAGUAGUGGCCCAUACUAACCUCCCUAUGGUGUAUAAAUAUACCUGGUUGUAUGAAUCUUCUUGUAGCCAGCUGACCCAGUGGCUUACACACUGGCCUGGAGUGUUACCACUCCCUCACCCUGGGUACAAACUCCACCCGUUCCCUGCUUUGUUUAUACUGCAACGUGACUUAUGAAAUCAUAAAAAAGAAAUAGAAUGGUAGGACUGAAACCCAUGGCAGGUGGGUUUGAGGACUCACCCAUCAUGGGUUCUUCCCCCCCCCAUGGGUUCUCCCCCCCCAUGGGUUCUCCCCACAACCCCCAUGGUCUGGGAUUUAUACUGUGCAUAGUUGUGUCGUUGUUUCUGGCUUCCAAUGUCACUUUUUUGUGCUGUUUGUGUUCCUUACUUAUGGAAUGUUUUUUUUUUUUUCAUGUUUUUGUUGAAUGUUUUCAAUGUUGCAUGAGAGUUGCAUGUUUUGAUUUUGUUUUAGAACGUUUUGAACAGUGAUUUUAACCUGGACAAGUAUUAAACCUGCUGUCAGUGUUCACCUAGCAGUAAGUAGGUACCUUGUUGUUAGCCACCUUACACCUGCUGCCCUGUUCACCUAGCAGUAAGUAGGUACCUUGUUGUUAGCCAACCAUUGUGAGUCACAUUCAGAGGAAGAAAACCAAAGAAAUAAGCCACACUGCUUGGCUUAUAAUCCCCAGGGUUAACCCCCCCCCCAGGGUUAACCCAGUCUUCCUUGCAUACCUCAAAAUUAUUGUAAAAACUUCCACCAUCACAGGAGUGUUGUUCACUGCUGUACAGUGAAACCUCAGUAUACUGAACUAUAAGGGGAAGGGGGUAGAUGAGUGUUUGCUUAAUCCAAGAUUCGCUGUAUCUAAAUACAAGGUGCAACGGACUGGGCUCCUUGCAUGGAGAGUCCGUCAGUCACACACUACUGAUAAUGGAGAAAAAUCUCCAUUGUCAGUCGAGUGCAGCAAACUGGAUUUGUUGCAUUAAUCAAUUAUCCGGCCAAAUAUUUUAUCCAUUAUGUUUGAAUUCUAUUACAAAGGGGUUAGUUAUGUCUAGGUUUUAAUGGUAUUUCCUCCCUUAUAUAGAUUUAUAAAGUUGAUUAAGUUGUUACACCUCCAGGUAGAGUUUUAUAAAGUCAGUUAAAUUGAUCGAACAUUCUCCUGGUAAAGCUCUACAGCUCUCCUUACCUCACUCCUAUUGUGCAUAAUUUCCACAGAGCUCUUGGUGAAUAUAAAUCCUUCAGUCUGGAUUUAUUCAGUUUUUAAUUGGUUGUUUGGAUGACCAGUCGCACCUCAUUUAAUCCUCUCAAUUUUUCCUGUGCUUGUUUUGCUUUUGUCCUGAUUAUUCUUGCUAAUAAAAGAAAAUGCUUUAUUAAUUAACUUGUCAGCAAGGUAGGCCUUAAAAGAGGUCUUUCUAUUUGUUUUAUAUAUAGAGUAAGUUCUCUUAUAUAGGUCCUGUGUUGUGCAGUUCUUCAUAAAUUUGAUUUAGAAAUUCAUUGCAAAUAGAAAAAUGUAUGGAAAGGCUUCGUAUUAUGCCGUUUAGUUUUCAAUAUGCUUUUUCAGUCGCAUGUAUGAAAAAAUUGCACUAAACGGAGGUUUAUGAGAGAGCUAACUGUUGUGUGUACACAUGUGUGCAUCUGUACAAGUGUGCCUGUAUGCUCUAUUGGUAUCACCUUUGCACUGUGCACACAUGUAUGUAUGUAUGUUGGAGUCAGUUUUGCAGAUAUAAGCUAACAUGAUUGAUGGUUAUUGUUGUUCCCAAGUGGCCUUUUAUGUGUUUAUAAUUGUUAUGGAACAUCCUGGUGUUGCAUGUGCAACAUGCAACAACAGGAUGUAGAUGUUUCAUCAUCCAGUGACUUUGUCAUUACAAAUUCAAGGACGUGAGUGGAAGGCAGUGGAACUAUAUACAUAAAAUGAAAUAAUCAGUCCCUUAGUCUUGGAGUUGGUGUGAAGAGCACCUUAGUCAUGAAGAACCUGAUGUGGAACCUCAAAUAUUGAACUUUCUUAGUUCCAGACGGCUGUUUGAGUGCCGUUACCGAGCGAAUUUAUUCCCAUCAGGAAUAAUGCAAAUUAGAUUAGUUCAUUUCAGACCCUCAAAAGUACAGUGGACCCUCACCUAACGAUAUUAAUUGGUACCCGAGAACGAAUAUCGUUAGGCGAGUGUUUUAGCGUUAGCCGAGGCAAAAUGUUAGCGUUAGCCGAGGCAAAAUGUUAGCGUUAAAAUGUAUCGUUAGGCAAAUUUAACGUUAUGCGAUGUGUUCAUUAGGCGAGGGUCCACUGUACACUUAUAAAAACACUUAGAAAAAUACACUUACAUAAUUGGUUGAGUUGGGAGCAGUUUGACAUUUGAGGUUCCACCGUAUAACUAUGACCAUAAUUUUUACUGGUAAGCCAUCAGAAAGCCUUGGCCAGAUGACCAAAAGCUCCAACAGCGGGUCAUCGUCUGACUAAGACCCGUGUCAGGAAACACUCUUCCUGUUUCCUGACAAACCUAACCUAACCUUGCCUGUGGUCCAGAUUCUUCACGACUACGGUGCUCUUCACACCAAUUCCAAGGCUGAAGGACUGAUUACCUCAUCUUUUGUAUAUAGUUUUACUGUCUUCCAAAUCGUGUCCUUGAAUUUGUAUUGAUAAAGUCACUGGAUGGUGAAACAUCCACAAUAAAGAUACCCACAUGUUGCAUGUGUCUAAUUUUCAUCUUGUCGGUUUUGUAUACCAUUCAUGUACAUCCCAUGUUGAUUUACUUUACACUUGGUUAAUGUCAGUGAUUUUACGAAGGCAGAUAGAAGGUUUUUUACAUUGUUUUUCCUGGUUGAAGUAUAAUUGCCACCCUGAUCUCACUCCCAGCAAUGUCCAUCCAUUAUGGCUUCUGGAGAUGUUCCUGGGAGGACAGUGUUCUCGCACAGAUGUGAUGAAUACCGUGAGUCGAUGGCUAUGUAAUCGACCAGCAGAAUUCUAUCUGGAAGACAUAAACAAGCUGGUAAUGUGUUGGGAUCAGUACCUCAGGAAGCUUGGUGAUUAUGUCCAGUAGUAACCAAUGAACAUUAUUUAACAAAGCUCAACUGGAUUUUUAUCAGACGAUAAUAUAUGCGAAGGUGGUGUUACUGCCCUCGUAGUCACAAUUGGGCGCCCAAAUUUGCAUACUUCGAUUAUCCAGUAUUAUUAUUGACAGUCCUGUGAAAAGCUCGAGAUAUUUAUGUUUUUCUUUUCAUGAUUAUUUUUUUGGUACAUGA